AUUGACCUAUCAGGCAAGAACGGGAUCGUGCUUGGUGUCGCCAACGAGCGCAGUAUCGCGUGGGCGAUUGCGCAAAGGCUGUCGGAUGCCGGCGCUCGCCUGGCGCUUACGUACCAGGGUGACCGCCUGAAGGACCGCGUGGAACGGCUGGCGGAAUCGCUGGAGCGCCCUCUCACUCUCCCGUGCGACGCAACUGACGAUGAACAGAUCGAGCAGGUGUUUGAGGUACUUGGCGAAGAGUUCGGUGAUAUUUCCUUUCUGAUACACAGCAUCGCCUUUGCGAACAGGGAGGAUCUGAGCGGGAGAUUCGUGGAUACGGGACGCGAGGGGUUCCGGAUAGCGAUGGAGGUGAGCGCCUACUCUCUCCUGCCGUUGGUGCGCCACGCGGCUCCUCUAAUGACCGGUGGCGGAAGUGUGGUCGCGAUGACUUUCGACGCAUCCCAGCGUGUGUAUCCGGGAUACAACGUCAUGGGAUCGGCCAAGGCAGCCCUGGAACACGCGGUGCGUCAGCUUGCGGCCGAAAUGGGACCCGACAACAUCCGGGUCAAUGCCAUUUCUGCGGGCCCGCUGGAAACUCUGGCUGCACGGGGCAUCACAGGUUUCAGGGACAUGCGACACGCACACGCCGAAAAAGCGCCGUUACAACGCAACAUCACCGCAGAGGAGGUGGCGCAUACGGCGCUGUUUCUGUGCAGCGGAAUGGCCAGCGGUAUAACCGGAGCAGUCAUACCGGUCGAUGCGGGGUACCAUAUCAUGGCGGUGUGA